GGCUCUCGGGCGGGUUGGCGGUUUGGGAGUCAGUCGCGCUUCACCAAGAUGGCGGCCGCUAAGGGUGCUGCUGCUGGUUCAGGAGAAGCGGCCACAGGGAAUGGACGACGGGUUCACCUGGGGAUUCCUGAGGCCGUGUUUGUGGAAGAUGUCGAUUCCUUCAUGAAGCAGCCUGGGAAUGAGACUGCAGAUGUAGUCUUGAAGAAGUUGGAUGAACAAUAUCAGAAGUAUAAGUUUAUGGAACUCAACCUUGCUCAAAAGAAAAGGAGGCUAAAAGGUCAGAUUCCGGAAAUUAAGCAGACUUUAGAAAUUCUUAAAUACAUGCAGAAGAAAAAAGAGUCCACCAAUUCGCUGGAAACCAGAUUCUUAUUGGCAGAUAAUCUGUACUGCAAAGCUUCAGUUCCUCCUACUGAUAAAGUGUGUCUGUGGUUGGGGGCCAAUGUAAUGCUUGAAUAUGAUAUUGAUGAAGCUCAGGCACUGCUGGAAAAGAAUUUGUCAACUGCUACAAAGAAUCUUGAUUCUCUUGAGGAAGACCUAGACUUCCUUCGAGAUCAGUUUACUACCACAGAAGUCAAUAUGGCCAGGGUUUAUAACUGGGAUGUCAAAAGAAGAAACAAAGAUGAUUCUACCAAGAACAAAGCAUAA